GUCUCGGUCGGGAUCUCGUGCGCAACGGUAACGCGGUAACGGAUUAGUGCAGAACCUCAGGGGGCCAACUCGUUGUGGUGUCCUCCCGCCGCCCUCUUUUCCGGAAUACUUUUGCCCUGCUUCUGCUCCCAAACGGGAAGUCGGGGUCGGGAGAGCAGGAAGUACUCCGCCGUACUGCGCUGCACUGAAGGACAGUGUGGUGUGCGAAGGGAGUUUUGCUGUGUGUGGGUUUGUGUGAUGUGAGGGAAAGACCAGGACACCAACUAAUGACUUCGUCAACGGUAGACCCGACUACGAUGCUGCUGCUUCUGCCACUGCUGGUCCCUGCAAUGAUGGAUCGAUUGUAUUAGUGUGGUUUCCCUACGCCACCCUCCCCCCCAAGACACCCACAACCAAGUGGGGUUUCCGGGCGACCAUUCGUCAGCAGUCGUCAACGGCGAGUUAAAGUGCGAAACGUUGCUGCAGCUUGUUGCGCUCCACAACAGCUGUCGGCUUGGAAACUUUAAAAUCUCGUUAAAAUUAGAACGCACUCUACCGGCGCAAGUGAAGCAGUCGUGUAAGCAAAUCCAGAACCGGAAGGGAAAAUCGAUACGCGAGUGAACUGAAGAGUGUUUGUGUGUGUGUGUGAGAGAGAGAAAGAGUUAUUCCACAAACAACAACCGCACACUCCCCAUUCUGGGAGGAAAAUUCCCACGGAAGAAAAAGAAGAAGAAGAAGAAGGUGGGUGGUGCUGGUACAGUGGUGGGUGGUUCACAAGAGUGAUAAUUAAGAGCGAAACAAGCUAUAGCUACUGUAGGUGCUACUACUCUCAUCAUCAUCAUCAUCCUUCAGCCCCAGUCAACUAGCAUCCAGGUCAACGCCGACGGCUGAAAAGCGGGCUGCAAAUCUUCGGGCCAGAUUAGUGCUAAUAACCGGCCAUAAAAAUGUACGGAUUUGUGAACUACGCGCUGGAGCUGCUGGUGCUGAAAAACUUCGGAACAAACAUAUGGGAACAAAUAAAGAAGCAAGCUCAGGUCAACAUGGAGGGCCAAUUUCUGGUCCGCCAGAUCUACGAGGACGACAUCACGUACAACCUGAUAGAGGCUGCCGUAGCCAUACUGAACAUUCCCGCCGGUGACAUCCUCGAGCUGUUCGGCAAGACGUUCUUCGAGUUCUGCCAGGACUCUGGCUACGACAAGAUUCUCCAGGUGCUCGGUGCGACGCCGCGGGAUUUCCUCCAGAACCUGGACGCCCUGCACGACCACCUGGGCACGCUGUACCCGGGAAUGCGAGCACCCUCGUUCCGGUGUACGGAAACGGACGGCCAACUCGUACUGCACUACUACUCCGAACGGCCCGGCCUGGAGCACAUCGUGAUAGGUAUCGUCAAAGCAGUCGCCUCGAAACUCCAUGGAGUGGACGUGGAGAUCAAGAUCAUCCGGCGGAAGGGUGAUCCGAUCGAUGACAAGCCAAAAUCAGCACCUCCGGUGCAACCUGUGCCAACGCCGAUCCCCGUGGUUCCAAUGGCGACACCGCCAACCAUAGCAGACAACAGACCAGUUCCUAUCUUCAUCUCCACCGACCCGGCUGCCGCCGAGUUGGCCAACCUAGGGUUAUGUAAACGAAUACUAAUGUCUAAAACGUACGGUGAAUCUUAUCUAUCGAAUAGACUGAAUAAUUUAGCAACCUCCAAAAGCUCGACAACGCUUGCACACCGAACCGAACCUACGUCUUGCAAUGGCAAUAAACCUAGCUUAAGUAGUAGUCAAAACGGAAGCAAUAGUAGACUGUUUUUCGAAGAUCAUCAGCUACGCCACCAAACGACCACUAGUAGUAAUGGUACCAUAAAUUGUGAUAGAACCACCACCAGCAGCAGCAGCCUACCGCAUCCGCAGUCUCCAGCGCUAAAGUCUCCGCGAUCCAAAAGUGGACCCGUAACGGCAGCGACCAGCCCGGCCAAGGUCGAACUGUACGACCACUUUCAGUUUCUGAUCACGGAGAUCUCCGGCCCCAAGACGCCCACCCGAAGGAGUGAGGAGAAGGAACAGCAAGCGGACUUCCAACUGGUGGCCAAAGCUCCAAUGAUCUCGCCAACGACGUUCUGCAAGGUGUUUCCCUUCCACCUGAUGUUCAACCGGGAUCUGAUAAUCGUGCAGGCCGGCAGGUCGGUGUCGCGAGUUAUACCCAAAAUCUCCGAGAAAAACUGCCACCUCCUGACAAUCUUCGAAGCGGUUCGGCCGCACCUGCAGAUGAGCUUCGGCAACAUUCUGUCCCACAUCAACACGAUCUAUGUGCUCAAGACCAAGUCGGGCGUGAUGUCAAUCAGCGAGCGAUACCUAAGACUGAAGGGUCAAAUGAUGUAUAUUCCAGAGUCGGACCUGAUCCUGUUCCAGUGCUACCCGAGCGUUAUGAACCUGGACGAUUUGACCAAGAAAGGCCUCCACAUCUCGGACAUCCCGCUGCACGACGCGUCCCGCGAUCUGGUGCUGCUGUCCGAAAAGUUCGAGGCGGAGUACAAACUGACCACCAACCUGGAGAUCCUGACGGACAAGCUGCAGCAGACGUACCGCGACCUGGAGAGCGAAAAGUCCAAAACCGAUCGGUUGCUCUACUCGGUGCUGCCGAAAACGGUCGCCAACGAGCUGCGACACCAGCGCCCGGUUCCACCGAAGCGGUACGACAGCGUGACGCUCAUGUUCUCCGGGAUCGUGGGCUUCGGGCAGUACUGUGCGGUCAACACGGACGCCGAGGGUGCCAUGAAGAUCGUCAAGAUGCUCAACGAGCUGUACACGAUCUUCGACGAGCUGACCGACUCGAAGAGCAACAGCAACAUCUUCAAGGUGGAAACGGUGGGCGACAAGUACAUGGCCGUGUCGGGACUGCCGGACGAGUGCGAGAACCACGCCAAGUGUAUAGCGCGGCUCGCGCUGGACAUGAUGGACAUGGCGCGGAACGUCAAGAUGGGAGCGGAGACGAUGAAAAUCACCAUCGGUAUUCACUCGGGCGAGGUCGUCACGGGGGUGAUCGGCAACCGGAUGCCCCGCUACUGCCUGUUCGGCAACACCGUCAACAUCACGAGUCGAACGGAGACCACGGGCGUGCCCGGCCGGAUCAACAUCAGUGAAACCACGUACAAGCUGCUCUGCGAGCCGGUCAAUCAGGAUCCCUCGUUCCAGCUGGACUACCGUGGCUCCGUGACCAUGAAGGGCAAGCCGGAACCGAUGGAGUGCUGGUUUCUGACCCGGAAAACUCCCAGCAGCAACGGACAGCCCCCACCGCUCGGGAGUCCGGCCAUUUCCGUAACGCCGGACAAGCAGUGAACUGCAAACUAAUAUGCAGUGUAGAUGUGAAAAGGGGAACUUUGUUACCAAAGGUUAGGGAUAAAGAGGAUCCAAUUAAGUGAGAUUAGUAGCAAACUAUUCAUUACGGUUUGAUAAGUCGAAACAAAUAACCAUUCUGUAGUGUGAGGAAAAUAACAAACAAUAGUUCGAAUGUAGAUUAAUUUCCUAACUUGAAGAAAGAAUAAAUCCAAACAAACCAACACAGAAAAAAGAGAGAAAUCUAUUUAUCAAUCAUCUAAAAAAGCAACUUAACCAACACUAAACUAAAACCAAAAAUGGCCAAAAACUCGUCGGAACCUGCUUCGUGGAAGUGACUUGAUGUUGUGUUUGCUACCAAACAAAUAAUAAACUCUAUCGUGAGAGAGUCAAAAUGAGAGAACAAAACAAACAAAAAACUGUAUAGAAAAAAAAAAUCUCAAAUCAAACCUGAUGAAAGCUAUUUCUAAAACUGUAAACUAAACCAAAUAAAAGCAAACCUGUUGUUGUUGUUGUUUGCCCCCCCGUUUUUGUUGACUGUGGUGAUGGUAGGAGGAGCUUGUUUUGUUAUCCUUUUCUACAAACCUACUUGUUACGGACGUUUUGCUUUGAGAAUCCGUAUGUUUUGGUACAAGCUAUUGAAUUUUUUAACUGGGCGCUACCUUUUCCUGUAAGCAGCUAACUUUAAAACAAAAACACUAGAACCUAGAGAGACGCGAAAAACGAAGGUUUUGAGGGGAAUUGAGUAGCGAAACACGAUAGGAACAAAACACUCUACAAACAAAAUACUUAGUGGAAAAUCGCAAUUUUGUCCAUAACCAGAAGCAGAAACAAAAGAGAGAAAAAAAACACAUACAAAAAAUAAUCAAAACAAACCAAAAAAUAGCUAACAAUUUUGCGUGUGCUGGAACAGUGUAACAACCAAUAAAACAAAAAAUAAAGGAAUUGUGCAAGGAAAUGGUGUCAGUAUGGAACAAAUAAAGCAAACCCUAAAACGAAA